AUCCACUUCUCUAACAUCACACAUCAUAUUGAACUCCCAACGCGGUUCGGUCCAUGCACUUCCUUAAGAGCCCAGCGACGACGCACAGUAUUGGUCUACUUCUUUUUCGUCUUUAAAGUCGAGCGGGAAGUUGGCACGAUGGAUGGAGAGCCAGCCAAAUCCACAUCACUGGUACGGAAACGAACCGACACCGACACCGACACCGAUUUGAUACCAAUACCACCCCCCGCCAAGAAGAUAAAGCGACCGAAGACAGUCAUAGAAGAAGACGUGUACACAGAUGCCUUGUCGAAGAUCAUCGCGCGCGACUUUUUCCCUGGGUUGCUGGAACACGAGACGAAGCAGGAGUACCUCGAUGCGCUGGAAUCCAAAGACUCGGCAUGGAUCGCGAACGCGGGACAGAGGUUGCAGCGCGUCCUCGCGACGGGCGGGCAUCUCAACACACCCAAACCUGGUCUCGGUGACGGCCAACAUACACCUUCCGCUCUAGGAGUCGAUACGCCCAUGACACUUGCCGCAUCGAGAACGGACGAACCCAAGGUCGUGGUGGAUAUGGAUAUGAGCCUUGCCAGCUUCCAGGCCAAAUACACCAGCGAGGACAACGAAAGUUUCUAUAAGCUCAUGGACAAACACAACCAGAAGAAAGCCGAGAAGUAUGCCUGGAUCUGGAGAGGGAACAAACUCCCGUCGAAGCAGAUGAUCAAGCAGGCGGAAGUCGAAGCGCGUCUUGCAGCAUCAGGGCGUCUCGUCGACGAUGGCUUCCGCAAAAGGAACAGGCUGGCGAUCAAGGACGCGGAUGACAGACCGGCAAGACCAGAUACAUGGAAAGCGAAUCCCAUCAACGGCUUGAUGUUCGGGGCCCCCGGAGUCGAGGAUGAAUCGGGGAGCCCUGCACAGCUGGCACAAGCGCAAUCGACAAUGGAGCCAAAGUCCAUCAACUAUCACAACACAAGGAUACCAGAACCAAAGGCGGUCGACAGGCCGCCGUCACCAACGCUUUCCGCUGUCAGAGAUGCCAUUAGCGGAAGACCCCGAACGGACGAUCUAAACUCUACUACGGUCGGCGGCGGCGAGACGCCCCGAGUGAACGGGUACGCCUUUGUCGACGACGAAGACGACGAAGAAAUUCUCCCGGCCUCCUCUCCGGUAAUCGACCUCGGACCGGGUGAUUCGAUGCCGAAUCCUUUCAAGCUGCAGGAUCAACGGAAAAGGGAGACUCUGCAUCAUCGACUUGUCGAGCGCGCUGCCCGGAUGAAACGAGAGUCUGUGAAGAAUGGGUUGACGGGGAAGCCGGAUACGACUCCAGUCCCCAAGUUCCCUUCUAGCCCGAGGGUUGUGGGAGGUCUAACACCGGCCGCGCAGAGGUUAUGGGGGAAGAUUGGAAGUCCGCGGCCAGGGAGUUUGGCGGAGUCUACGUCCACUGUGAGGAGCACACCACUGAGGGCAAGGGGGUCACUUCUCAAGAGUGUUACCAGGAAGAGCGAAUGAGCGAUGGAUACUCCUUUUUGCAAUGCCUAACUAAAAUCACGAUACCCAUGGGGAUAUUCAAAGCGUCAUUCUACACCUUGCGCUGCUGUCGCCCACGUACUGUGUAAUUACAUUUCGACCAUCUGCUUUGUCGGAGACUUGAGGUCUCGAUAAAUGCAUUCUUCCUUUAAAGCAAUAUACCGUGUAGACUGC